UGCUGCUACUCACUUGGUUUUGUUCUCUCUCUCUCUCUCUAUUUCCCGUCCGACUCACUGGAGAAGAAGAAGAAGAUCCAAAUCGAUCCGUUGAAAAGGGCUUUCCAAUUUCUGAGCGAUGUCGAGUGCGGUGGACGCUACGGGUAAUCCGAUCCCUACGUCGGCGGUGUUGACGGCAUCGGCGAAGCAUAUAGGUAUGAGGUGUAUGCCGGAGAAUGUUGCGUUCCUCAAAUGCAAGAAGAAUGAUCCAAACCCAGAGAAAUGCCUCGACAAAGGUCGUGACGUCACUCGCUGCGUGCUUGGCUUGCUGAAGGAUCUUCACCAGAAGUGCCAAAAGGAGAUGGAUGAUUAUGUUGGGUGUAUGUAUUACUACACGAACGAGUUUGAUCUGUGUAGGAAAGAGCAAGAAGCCUUCGAGAAAGUGUGCCCCUUGAAAUGAAAAUCACAAGUUGUUGUCAUGUUUUGAUUUGUAUCUCCCUAAUAAAGCAAAAUGUUCAUUUUUGAAUGAGCGUUACUCUCUUGUUUGUUUGUUAUCCCAUUUUUUCCUCUCAAAUGCUUUCAUAGCGAGUUCUCAAAGAAUGACUCAAUUUAAGUUGUCCCAAGGAAUAAUGGUUUUAUCUGCU